GCACACAGCAGUAAGUACGUAGCACAGGCAAUAAUCACCUGCGUCGGAGAGGGCCGACACACACAAUGUGGGAACCAGGUCCAUUCCCGAAUGCGGCGAUGAAGCGGGUUCAACGACUGGAAGGCAACAGCGCGUGCAUGGAUUGCGGGGCGCCCGAGACAAGCUGGGGCGGACCCACCUACGGCAUCUUGCUUUGCGUCAAAUGUGCAAGCAGGCAUCGAAGCCUCGGCACCCACCUCACAGUCAUCAAAUCGCUGGCGAUGGACCGAUGGGACGCCGGCCAAGUGAGAAGGAUGGAGCUCGGCGGCAACGGUCAGCUCCACGCCUGGUUCACCAAGUGUCAGACGGAGAACAGCGCCUUGGAGAUGAAGUACAGGACCAAGGCGGCCACGCUGUACAGGGAGAAGUUGCGCGUGGCGGCGGAUGAAGAUCUGGCUUCGGGGGGGGGGCAGGCGGCUGGGGAGCUACAGGGGGCACGUGGUUCCCGUAAGGGGCGCAUCUUCGCUGCGGCAGAGAGGGCGGCGGCGAGUAGCCUAGCCCAAGAGGAGGCCGAGGCCGAAGCCGCCGCCAAGAAGCUCCGAAAGCGCGGCAAGGGGAGUCGCGUUAGGCGGCGCGAAGCCGAGCGUGGCGGCGCGCUAAGCUCGGCGGCACGGUUGCCGGUAGCAGCUGGUCACGAUCCCCCUUCAGCGCACGCAGGGGCUGGAGCGGCGCCGGGCGGUGCGGCGGCGGCGGCGACGGUUGGGACGGGCAUGGAGGAAUACGCGAGGAGAUGCGGGAGGGAGGAUGAGUACGAGGUCGUGUUCGGUCCCGGGGGCAUGGGGUUCACUCUGAUGAAGGAUGCCGUUAGCCGGGCGCUCGUCACCCGCCUGGCACCCGGGGGCAUGGCGUUUCGGCUCGGGGUCCGCACAGGGGACUACCUUGUUGGUGUGGACGGACGGCGUCUCCAUGACUACGACCAGCUUAUGCUGCUCCUUCCCCGCGCCCCGCGCCCCCUGCGCCUGCUCUUCGAGGGGGCGGGUGCGGCCUUGGCUGCCUCUCCUCCGGCUGCGCCUGGCUUCGCCUCGGCGUCGACGGCAGGUGGAAAGCUUGGAGCGAACGGCGGCAGCCAUGCCGGCGGGGGCGGCAACAGCAGUGAUGCUAGCUCCGGCGGCGGCGGCGGCGGUGGUGAUACAGAGUCCGCCACACACGAAGGUGGCAGGUAUGGUGGUGACGAAGAGAAAGUCGCUGUCGUGGAUGCUGCCGUGCCGCUCCGACGUAAGGAUAGUCCCAGCAAGCGAGAAACAACACCGGCAGAGAACGAGCAGCGACGAGCGAAAGACACGGCAGGCGGCGGGCGGCCGGUGACGAACGGCCACAGCACGGCCAGUAACGGACACGAUGCCACCGCCGCCGCUGCUUCGACGGGUACCGUCGCCGGUGUCGGCGCACAAGAUGGCGAAGCGACGGCAUCAGCGCCUGACCAGCUGGACGGCGAUGGCAGCGAGUGCCCGCCGCCACCGGCGGCGGCGGAGGAAGGUGGCGUGAGAAACGGAGAGGAGCCUCCUUGUCCCGUGGUUGGCGUCGCCAUACCAGAGGCGGUAGCGAGGUACCGGACACAGGAAGACAAGCCACGGGAGAAGGAGUCGGUAGUUGUAUCAGAGGAAGGACAACUCUCAGAUAAUGCGGGUAACGGCGCGACGGCGGCGGCGGCGGCGGUGGUGGAACAAGGGGAUGUUGGAGGGGUGGCGACGGUGGAAGAGGUGGCAGUGGAAGCCCGGGCGAAACAGGAGAGUCGAGAAACACACACCGCUGUGAACUCUUCCUCGUCACCAAGCGCGGCCGUCGGGGGGGAAGAAGCGGAACGCACGAGGGAGAGCGUCGCGCCCAAUGGCGGCGGGGGAGGCGGCGGCAGAGAUAGCGCGGCGGCUGUUGUGUCGUCGAGCGAUCGCAAGAAGAAGAGGAAGAAGGGCGGGAAAUCGUUGCAGAAGGAAGACCGUGGCGUGUCCUCGGGAGGAAAAGCCGAGCCGGGCUUGGGUGAAGGGUCCAAGGUUACCGUUCAGGACAAGAAGAAGAGCAGCAAGUGGCGAAAAGGGUUGUUGUGCCGUAGGCACGGGGACGGGUCUUGGACGGUGCGAUACAGCGGCGGCAUGGAGGAGAGGCGCGUCGCGGUCGACCGAAUGCGUCUCAGAGUUCCAGAAAUAACGUCGCCCCCUCCAGCCCCGGCCGCCGCCGCCGCCGCCGCCGCCGUUUCUACCCAUGUGACGGCGGUGACGGGCACGACGGGGGAACGGAUGGAGGGCCGUCGGCGAUCUCGGAAGGCGAAGAAGGGAAAAGAGGAGCAAUUUUCGCCAGCGGCGGCCGCGGGGGCGUGGACAUGUGGGGGUAGUGAAGAGAGGCGGCAUCACAAAGGCGGUGGCGGCGAAAACGCUGCCGUUCGAGGCAGCGGUCGAACUGGCUGGGAGGCGGCCGCCUCGGCGCCGGGCGCGUGGGUGGCCGCGGACACCACUCAGGACAGACACGAAGACUUCCGUGCUCCCGGAGAGCUCCGCGACGAUUUCUUCGCCGAUAACGACGGCAGCGGCAGCAGCGGCAGCAGCAGCGGCGGCGAGGAGGAAGCGGUGUCGGUGCUAGCGGGCUACAGCGGGCAAGACCCCGGUGCGGCCGACCCUCCGGCCUUCGCCGCCCCUGCUUACGCGGCGGGUGCCUAUGCGGCUCCGAGGCGAAUGGAAGGGUUCGGCGGCGGGAGGGGUUGGAGGGGAAGGGGAGAGGUAGCGUCUGGUGGGGGGGGGUCGGUCGGGAAGGCAGCCCAGCAGCCGGCACAGUCCAGGGGGCAUACGGUGGUCUUCCCCGCGGGAACUAUGGGCCUGACCCUAACCAAAGAGAUGAGCGGAGGGUGCUCCGUGACGAAGGUGGUGCCUGGGGGUUUAGCGGACUCGAGAGGCGUCGCUCUCGGACAACGAGUGUGCGCCGUCAACGGGCAGCCCAGUGGUACGUACGAACACACAAUGGCGGUCAUCGGCGGCUCGCCGAGACCCAUCUCGAUCACGUUCGUCACGCCCACCACCGGAGGAGGAAGCGGUAAAGGCGGCCGGUUUUCCGGGGUCGGCGGAGGUCCACCGAUUGUGCAGCACACCUGGGCGGACGUGGGGCUCGCGGCAACGAUAGGGGCCAUGGACGCCGCAAACGCUGUCGCGGUGGAGUGGGGACUGGGAGCUAGCACCCCCGGGGUCUUAGACGGGGCGCACUCGUCGGGCGCGGGCGACAUCCCACCCGCCCCCCAGGGCUUCCGCGUGCACCAGAAGCACAGCCUGAUGGCCAUCCCCACGGGAGUCGCCGGAGGCUUUGGCAACAGCCUCGCCAAGCACCGGACCUUCGCAGUCGACGUCUCUCCGGACAUGGCAACGAUGAGCACAAAGAAGGCCCUUUCCGACGCCCCCGGCGAGGAGGUCGGGGAGUUCGACGUGCGGUUCGGGGAAGGGGAACUAGGGAUGCGGCUGGAGGAGAGGGGUUCCUUCAAGGCAUCCAGCGUGGUGGUCAAGAUCACGGAGGGUGGCCAAGCGGUGUCGUUGGGGGUCCGAGAAGGGUGCAAGGUUGUCGGCAUCAACGGGGAGAAGUACCUGUCGCACGCUCACACCGUGGCGACGCUGAAGCACGCCAAACGCCCCGUGGUCGUCCGCUUCCGUUUACCGGACGCAUCGGGGAGACGGUGACGAUAUUCCUGCUGUGUCUUGCCAGAUACGGAAUGCGCAACGCUUGGGAAGACGUUUUUCUGUGCGCGGCCUUUCCGUUGCCGAAGGGCGGGUGGCUGCAGUUGCUGCGGCGCUCUGUGUUGAUGCCCGCGGUGUUUUUGGGCGUGCCUCAGGGGUGUUGGUUCGAUGCGUGUUUUUGUGGAUGGCUAGGGAAUAGCGGUGUGUCGGACUUGCUCGGGCAUUACUUUAAUUCUUGGUCCUGUCUGGACAGCUAGCUCCAAAAAAGUUUGCCGUCGGUAGAUAGCUUCCAGCGUGAUUGAGACGGUGGUCUAAAGUUGAGAGGUGACCUCUUUAAAACGAGUCCGAGGGGGGGUAAGGGAAGGGCAAGUUAAUAGUGAGUUCUCGUGUUGGCGUCCCCUUGGUGUAGUUUUAAUCUCUUCGAAGCGGGUCUCGAGUAGAAACAAGAGUGUAUACGGUCUCAAGGAAGACGAUCCAUGUGUGCCCGUCGCCCCCUUGUACAUCGUGCGCGCCAAAAUUUUGUUAAUUAUUUAUCA